AUGCGGCGUUUUGCAUGCUCUGCUUUGCACGUUUUAUUACCAGGAGUCAGUGGAGACAAUAAAAAUGGACGCGUCGGGAGAUUUUUUUUCUUUACGACGCAUCAACCUCCUGCUAUGCUUUCACCAGGAGGCAGUCCGUCUGUGUGGAGGCUCUGUCGCCUGGAUGAGAAAGGCUCCAUGUUCAGUGCAGUUGUGCUGGUGCUUGGCUGUCUGCUGCAGGUGAAACUGGUGACCACAGAGGGGCAUCAUGGGACCAACCGCCAUGUCUUCUAUGCAGUGCAAAUGGACGGAGGCAUCAGAGCUGCCAGAGCUCUGGCCGAGCAGCACGGUCUGGAGUUCAUACAACAGGUUGGCAGUCUGGAGGGUCUGUACUCCCUGAGGGACAGCAGGGGGCGCUCUGACAGAGCCACCUUUGAGAGCAGACUUGCGACGGCAGCUGGGGUUUACUGGGUGCAGAGGCAGCAGGGUCGUCAUAGAGACAAACGGGUUCCUGUGACAGGACCGGACCGCAGCAGUACUCACAGUUCCCAGAGGAGAGAGUCUGUAGCUGACAGGCAGCCGGAGAAGAAGAAAAGUGACCAGUCCCUCACCUUCAAUGACCCGCUCUGGCCCGUGCAGUGGGAACUGUUUUCACAGGGUGAGUACCGCUCCGAUGGGCUUGACCUGAAUGUGAUGCCAGUUUGGAGCAACAACAUCACUGGUAAUGGAGUAGUGGUCAGCAUCAUUGAUGAUGGUGUAGAUCACGGAAACAAGGACCUGAAGAAAAACUUUGAAGCCCUCGCGAGUUUUGACCUGUGUGCUUCACACAGUCUGUCUCAUGAUCCCAUGCCUGUCCGAAAUGAAGAGAAUAGUCAUGGUACCCGAUGUGCAGGGGAGGUUGCCAUGGAGGCCAACAACUCCUACUGCGGUGUGGGCAUCGCCUUCAAUGCCAGGAUCGGAGGUAUAUGCUUGUUGGACGGCUCUGUCACUGAUGCCAUGGAGGCCACAGCUCUGACCUUCAACAUCCACUUCAUCGACAUCUACGUCUGCAGUUGGGGCCCGCGGGAUGACGGUGCUGAGAUGGAUGGGCCGAAUAGCCUGACAGAGCAAGCCCUUCGGCUAGGAACUCAUAAGGGCCGAGGUGGGAAGGGCAGCAUCUUUGUGUGGGCGGCAGGUAAUGGUGGGAUGCAGCGUGACCAUUGCGGUGCAGAUGGUUACGUUAACUCCAUCUACAACAUUGCCAUCGGCGCUGUCUCUCACACAGGGAAGCCCGCCUACUUUGGCGAGCCCUGCCCCGGUGUGAUGGCCGUCACCCUGACAGGGGCCGACGUGGGAGGCUCUCUACCUCUGGUUACUGUCACAGUGACCACCAUUGGUGAUGGCUGUGUCACACACUUUCCAGGAACAUCCAGUGCUGCUCCGAUUGCUGCAGGGAUUCUGGCUCUUGUCUUAGAAGUAAACCCUAAGCUGACGUGGAGGGAUGUUCAGCAUCUGAUUGCCAAGACGGCAAAGAUCCCUGACCCCAAGGAGCCUGGAUGGAACAUCAAUGCUGCAGGAUACCAUGUUCACCAUAGGUAUGGCUUUGGAUUGCUGGACGCGGGGCUGAUGGUGCAGCAGGCCGCACACUUCAACACUGUUGCACCGCAGAGGACAUGCACAAAAGAAGUCACGCUGCUUCCUACCAGAAUUCUUUCUCCACGUGGCGUGGUCAGUGUCAAGAUCCAGUCAGAGGCCUGCCAUGGGACAACUAAUGAGAUCAACGCUCUGGAGCACGUUCAGGUGAGAGUGAGCAUCAGCACUGUGUGUCGCGGUGACCUCUCCAUAAGCCUGAAGUCUCCAGCCGGCACUGUAUCACUGCUCUUGGACACACGGCCCAAUGACGCCUCCUCUGAUGGCCUGAAAAACUGGACCCUGAUGACAGUGCACUGUUGGGGAGAGCAGCCUCAAGGCCUCUGGAUGCUCCAGGUGACUGAUCACGAAGGAACAGUGAGGAGCUGCACAAGGAGUGACGAGGAGGCAUCUGGAGCUCUGCUUAGUGUUACACUGAUCCUCUAUGGCACCUACCACCCGCACAGGACCACGCAUGAGGGACCCCUGGAGAGCAUUGUGUCCAUGGGGUCCCGCCACCACGUCCCCCACAGGGGAAUGUACCAGAGGGACCCUUACCCCCCUCUGGACCUGAUUCAAUGGAUCUACCAAAUGGAGAGAGACAGGAAAGUACGCACUGAUGAUAUCACCAUCCCAGCCAGACAGCAGAUGUUGAAGAUUCCUGGAAACUUACGGUUGGACAAGCAGACCCUCAACAAGUCCAGUAUGGCUUUCCAGCGUCACCAGACAUAUGAUGUACAGAAGUCCUCCUCAGGGUCAAGACCUUCUGCUGUGAGGGAGCCUCACGUGGACGGAGAGAGCGGCCCCUUACCAUCACAGGCUCUGCAGGGUACGGUCAUGGAUGUGAAGGAGGUGCAACAGUCGGAGUCUUCAGAUCCAGGAGGAGCAGGAGAAACUGCAGAAAAGGCAGAGAAAGAGACGGCGCAGCGGGCCAGGAAGUGAAGACACAAAUAUGAGGCACGAUUAAAUAAAGACUUCUGUUUUCCACAGUGCAGCAAGUCAAUUGAUCAUGAAUCAAUUCCAUGUCCAGCGCUUUGACUGUGUGGCCUCAGUGUUGGCACGGAUUAUUUAUUGCGGAUUCCUAGCUUGGCAUUAAAACUCAAUCACUCUCCUGGCCACAGAAACAACGUACACAAGCAUAUAAAUCCUCUCCCAAAAACAAAUAGCUCCAGGAGCAGGUCUCUGCACUCAUCUUCCCCCUCCUCCUUUGCUUUCGGAAGUUGCAAAGGUUAGUGAAAGAUAUGUUUGUCUUUUUCCACUUCAUUGAAGGGUGAACUCAGCUCAGUGCAAUAAGAAAUGGAUUACCCAUUCAUUAAAGGGGCUGUGUCACUCCUCAUUGAGUUGGACAAAUAGCAAAUUAAUUUCUAGCCACCUAAUUUCUCUCUGUUCUCCACUGAAUUUCCGAUAACGUCGAAUUACUGAUCACAGCCAUGUGAACUCCCUCAACUUUUUAUCAAUUCAUUAAAAAAUGUGCCACAGCAGAGAUGCUACAGAGGAAAUUCUCUCUCUUAUUUCUGCAUGGUUCCUUUACCACCACAACACUGUAUACAAAUACAAGUCAACUCAACUGUUUAAUUGAAAUUACCAGAAAUUGUUUCAGAGGAAAAAAUAGAAAAAGUUACUUUUCUGCCAUGUUGAUAUCAGCAGGAAACUUUUUUGCAGCGCAUCUCAAUGUGAAACAAAGAUGUCAGAGUAAUAGGCUCUGCCCCAGUCAAGUGCAGGUCUGUAGCUAGUGGUGUUUGGUAAAGUAGCAGUAGUGUAUUGACAGGGCAGUAUUGAUGUUUCAAUUAGAGCAGCGUUACAUAGUGCCGCAGCAUGGUAACACGGUGCGUCUCCUGCCAUCUGCUCUGCCUCUACGUCUGACGAACGAGGCACGUGGGGCUAAUCGAGCCGCACAUGAGCGAUGGGACUGUGCAAUCUAUUUCACACAUACACACACACACACACACAAGCACGCACAUGCACACAAAUCUUAUACGCACGUCCUUAUGCAGAAAAAUGGGGGGGAAGACGAGGGAGAGCUCCUCAGCCCUGCUGUUUAAACAGCCUUCAGAAAGCCUGUGAUUCCUCCCCUUCUCCCUUCACAUGUGCCACAGGAGCAGCCAGCAGGUUAUUUCUCUGACAAGAAAACAGGCAAACACACCAGCUGCACGAGUUAAAAUUCUUCAAAAGCUCAUCUGAUGGAAAGACAAAAAAGGGAAUGGCUUCUGCCAGGUUUCUUCGUGCUGGGACGGUCUGAAAUAACAGUGUGCAUUAUGCCUGGCGUUAUUGGCUGCCAAACCACACGAAUCAAAGACCUCAUUGUGUGGAUUACCUCGUUAAUCUGUUGAUGCCAUUGAGUAGUAUUGCAGGUGUUAAUGUGCCAGGUUUUUUCUCCCCUCUCUUCUCUUAUUGGGGAGGUGUAGCGUUAGGAUGGUAAUCUACUUUAAAUGCUUUCUGGGGAACGAGACACGCUGAAACCCAGCCAAGAGAACUCUGCUAUCAUGAAGAGCUUUCUCUUAAUACAGCACACAGAGGGGACUGACAGACUGAGGCUGCGGCGCUGAUGCCAACAGGGACAAGCUAGUGAGCUACACGCCCCACGCCACUUGUUGAAAUAUAUGGUUGUAUGAAUAAUGAAAGAGGAAGAGGAAAGCGCUAAAGCAGUCCCACAAUGACAUCCAUCACAGAAACGCCUCAUUGCUCUUCUUCUUCUGUUUCCUCCUGCAAAAACUCACAAGUUGUGUCGCUUUGGUGGAGCUAACCAAAGCUCAGCUCUGUGACUGCCUGAGCUGAUUUAGAGGUGAACCCCCUAAACUAGAAAGAGAGAGAAAGAAAAGGAGACACACAGAGAGAAAGACAGAGGGAAAGGGACAGAAAGAGAGGUAAUCCUCCCUUUUUCGGCUCCCCGGGGUGGUCUCUUCAUCCAGGGCCUCAAAGAGGGACAGAAUACACCUCUCUCCUACAAUGGAGGGGACCCACAGGGGCUGUUGCUAUCUGUGUGUGUGUGUGUGUGUUGGGGGGGAGGCGGGCAGCUUUAAGCAGGCCUUUGAGUGGCCUAAUUUCAUUGGAAUACAGCAGUCUGAGAGCUGGCUCAGAUCACGGCGGGCUGCUGGAGGGGUUAGCGCCCGCACCUCGACAGCCACACUCAGCAAAAGAGCCCCGGCACAAUACACACAAUUAAUGCUCUCCCUCUCGUUAACUCUCUCCCCACUUUUUGUCCUCUCCUACUUUUCUUCCAUUCUCCUCCUUCUCACCCCAUAUCUUACUCUCUCUCUGCUCUCCCUCUCUGGUCCCCCCUCUCCCGACCCAGUAUGUAGUCACUUACCCAGCGUAUUAAUCCUCCCAUACAGCCUGUCAAUCUUCCUCUCUUUGAUGCACACAACAAUUACAGUAAGGAUGAAAGGCGUGGGUCGGCUAUCGUUAUGUAAGAUUUAAAACGAGCCUUAACGAGAAUUAUUUAUAUCUGAACAGCUAAUCUGAAAUAAAACUUCAAUAACAUGACAGCUCUGCUAUUACAUUUGUGACAACAUCUGAGCUCGAUUAAAAAAAUAUUGAACAUAUUUCUUUCCCUGCAUAUAGUCCACAGUGCAGCAAUGCAGGUUGCAUUGUUACAACACAGAAGAAAUUUUAUUUCAAAGAUACAUUGAAGACUUUUCAUCUUUUCAUCAUUUAGUCAUGACUGUUGCCUAAAGAUGAGACUGCACUAAGCCAGUCAUUCUGCAACAAAGACUAUUUUGUGAUUUCAACUUCUGUGAUGAUAGUCCAAACAUGUUUGGGGCUGUUCAUUAGACAACACACGCGAUUGAAAGAUCUCUUCCAGGCACAGGUUAAGGAUUAGACACAGUUUUCUUAAAUCCACUCCUUCUCCAAUGUUGAAAAACUACAUGUCCAAAUAUGUUGUGUUUCCAAGGGUUUAACUGCUAAACACAAGAUGUCUCCUACUUCACUGCUACUUUACUUGUGUAAAGAUGCACAUUGGACAGUGAUUGGCUUCCAGUUGUGAUGUCACAAAAUCCU